AAACAAUAAAUUUUGCCACUUUGUUUUUCAGUUCGCAGUGGGUCCUACCGGAACGCUUUGCGAUAACUAGAGUUGUCGCACGGACCCACUUUCCCGCAACGCACCGCCGAGAGCACAGUGCUGUGCCUGAGCUGCGAUGGAGAAGCUGCAGGGUUUUGAGUUCUGGAGGAAGACUCUUUGUGCUGCACGCUUCGUCCUCGCGCCCAUGGUGGACCAGAGCGAGCUCGCGUGGAGGCUGCUGAGCCGCAGACACGGAGCGGAACUGUGCUACACACCGAUGCUGCACGCGCAGGUGUUUGUACGCGACGCCAACUACCGGCGAGAAAAUCUGUACAACGAAGUGAACCCUGAGGACCGCCCUCUCAUCACACAGUUCUGUGCAAAUGACCCAGAGGUGUUUGUCCAGGCAGCACUUUUAGCUCAGAACUACUGCGACGCCAUCGACCUCAAUUUAGGAUGCCCUCAGAUGAUCGCUAAACGCGGUCACUACGGUGUGUUUCUGCAGGACGAGUGGGACUUACUGGAGAGAAUGAUUAAAUUAGCCAACGAGAAGCUCUCCGUGCCCGUCACGUGCAAAAUCCGGGUUUUUCCAGAGGUUGAAAAAACAGUGAAAUAUGCCAAGAUGCUGGAAAAAGCGGGUUGCCAGUUGCUCACCGUUCAUGGCAGAACCAAAGACCAGAAAGGAGCGCUGACCGGAGUGGCGAGCUGGGAGCACAUUAAAGCUGUACGAGAAGCUGUGAACAUCCCGGUUUUUGCUAACGGAAACAUUCAGCACCUGAGUGACGUGCAGCGCUGCAUGGCGGAGACGGGAGUGCAGGGCAUCAUGAGUGCAGAGGGGAACCUGCACAACCCGGCGCUGUUCGAGGGCCGUAACCCGCCUGUGUGGGAGGUGGUGGAGGAAUAUCUGGAGGUGGUGAAGAAACACACGCCCAGCACGCUAUCACACGUCCGAGCUCAUCUCUUUAAACUCUGGCAUCACACGCUGCAGAUCCAUCAGGACCUGAGAGAAGAUUUGGCCAAAGCAAAGAACCUGGCAGGAAUUGAGGAGGUGAACAGACAGCUGAAGCAGCGCUGCCAGGAGGAGAUGGGUAAGGAUGAAUCGGAGCGACAUCAGACCGGACUGCCUUUUCCUCACUGGAUCUGUCAGCCGUACGUCAGACCAGCGCCGAAGGAUCCGAGCAGCGAGAACGGCGUGAAGGCGGUGAGCGGGAAAAGGGCGUUGGAGGACAGCGACAGCUCCAACGACUCGCUCUCCAAGAACAAGCAGAAGAAGAAAGUCAGGAACCCGCAGAAGAACUUCUGCCCCGAGCUCAAACCAAAGUACAUCAAAUGUGAGCAAUGUGGGAAUCCCAAAGGGAAUAAGUGUGUCUUUAACCUGUGUCGUGGCUGCUGUAAGAAAAAGGCUUAUAAGGAAGUCGCAGAUUGUCCAGGUCACGGCUUGAGGUUCAAGACGAAAGCGCAGAAGCAGAAGGUCGCUGUCCAAACAGAGAUAUCGUCCUAAACCUCUGCGUCGCUCGAGUUCCGGCUCGGACUUUGCUAAGAGUUCGGUUUUAGCAUCCGCACUGCAAACGCAACUCAUGCUGUAAACGCAACAAAACGAGUGUAUCUUACUCACAUACACAUAUGCAUUGAAACCGAAUACUGCUGCUGAAGAGUAAAAACUUAUUACUACUUUAGACAGGAACGAAUUCCAUACAGGAAAACAAUCACACACGAUUAAAAUCUGUAACUUGCAGAGACUAAAUUUUGUACGUAGGGUUUUCAUGUAGCUGCAACUUGUAGCUACAACAUUGUUUUAGCUAAGCCCCGCCCCCAAAGACUUGCCAAUAUACUGUAAACCUCGGCGUUGUGGCUGUUUUACACUUCAAUCCUCAGAUAUUAAACGGAACAGCUAGAAUACAGGGCUAACUUAUUCAAACUACGCAAACACCUUUUUCUGUUUUAACGGGUUUUUUAAAAAUUAUUAAUUUAUUUACAUUUAGGUUUUUUUUUUUAAACAUAACAGAUACCCAAUAUUUUCACAUGUUCAAUCAACACCAAAGUCAAAUUUCAGUUUCUGCUGAUGUUCUACAUUUGCGACACUCACGCGGGAGAAUGUUGACGCUCUUGGGAAAUCAGGAUAUCAUGUCAGAGCUGGAUUUACCAGCACGUUAUCUGAACACAGCUUGAAAAUUGAAAUCUAGUGUAGUAUCCUCGAGGUACAUGAAACUGCUGUUUUUCUGAGGAUCAUCUGUGACAUUUCCACUGCUUUGUGUUUUUAACAUUGAGGUUUUUACAAUGAAUAAAACUUUUAAAGUUCUUUUAAGCAACAA